AUGGUGAAUACACUGGAUCAGUGGGUGGAAGAAUCAACACGGUUCAGAGAAGAAAAACCAUCAUUGCUUGACCUAGUAUUCACAAAGAAGCCGGAGCCUCAUCCCAGCAUACAGUACCUUAGUCUGAUGGGAAGAAGUGCCCAUGUAACACUAAGGAACACAGGGAAAUAUCUUAAACUGGAUGAUGGACUACUUAACAGAAAGGGAAAUGAGGAUAGUGAUAAGAGACACCCAUCUAAUUGGAGCACAGUCACUAGUGGCAUACCACAGAGUUCAGUGAUGGCACCAAUUAUGUUCCAAGCACUUACAAAACUCUUGAAAAAAGAAAGAUCAUUUAUGAUGAUGUUUUAUGCCCCAUGGUGUGGAUUUUGUAAGCGUCUUAAGCCAGACUACUCGAUGGCUGCCACAGAACUCAAGGACACACACACCCUGGUGGCAAUGGAUGUCAACAAACCAGAGAACUCGGCUGCCAGGAUAAAAUACAAUAUUACUGGUUUUCCAACACUUAUGUACUUUGAAGACGGAGCACCCAAAUAUACUUACGAGGGGGAAAAUAACAAGGCUGGCAUUGUAGCUUUCAUGAAGAACCCUGGCAAGGCCCCAGAGAAACCCAAGGAAGAGGUGUGGUCAGACACCCCAAGUGAUGUGAUUCACCUUACAGAUGGCACCUUCCAUGAAUUUGUGAAGGUAUUUUCUCUUUCAGACUUUCUAUCUCUUUAG